UCAUCAUACCCUAUCAUCCUUUAAAGCUACUUGGCCCAUCACUUACAUGUUGAUCAGCAUUUUUGUCAAUUUGAUUGCGUGAAUGCAUGCCCUUGCUCGAAUCAGAAAUCUAAGUCAUGCGAGCAAAGACUCAAUUACCGUCUCAAUCAAGAAACAUGAAGAUUUCAAUGUGUCAUGUGAAACAAAUUAAAUGAUGGGUUCUCUUGUGGCCACCAAGUAGUUUUAAGUACCAUCACUCCCUCCCUCUCCACAAUUCUCCUCACUUCUCCACCAAAGAUGCUGCCACCAAGAACUCAGAGCAUCUUCCAUGUAGGGGAGGAAGGUUGGGAGGCCACAAAGCCCACUGCUGCCUUCGGAGAGCCGGAGCACGGCUCGAGAGGAGCAAUCGAGCGACUGGAAGGGCUUCGGAUUGUCAUUCAGCAUUCCACACGCCGAUCGAAUGUCGUGAUCAAGUCUUCAUUCAACUCUUGCACGCCUCAUCAUCUGCUCAGCCUCAGGGCUACUUCUGCCACACAGAUUGGAUUUCUGAAAACUUGUUUUCUGUGCAAAACUGAGCUGAGUCCUCAUGAGGAUGUUUACAUGUAUAGUGAAAGCAGGGGUGAUCAGGGAUUUUGCAGCGAGGAAUGUCGAGGCCACCAAAUUUUGAUAGAUGAAAGAAAAGAGAUGGAAGUGUCGAGCACAAGGGAGAGAUUGAAGUCUACUCACCAUUGUUGUCUUCGUGAAUCUGGUCGUCAUAGGAGGAGGAGGAGGAUUUUAGUAGAAGCAUAGAAAAUUAAGAAUUUGAAGAAAUAAAUAUAAGAGGCGUGUUUUGAUUAUAUAUGCUUAAAAAUAAAUGAAAUGAAAGUUCUUCAAUGUUUAUACCUUCUGGAAUA